AUGGAUGAGCUGAAGGCGCAAGGUUACGCCAAUGAAGUCCGGGACCUUGAACCCGGUCUUACCGGUAUCGGCAUAGUGCCUUCGUUCUCUAUUGGACAGCGCGCCCUGCUGCUGCAGACGCCUGCCGGCAAUGUACUCUACGACUGCAUCAGCCUGCUCGACGACAGCGCAAUCGCAGCCAUACAGGCGCGUGGCGGUAUACAGGCUAUCUGCUUUUCGCACCCGCACUUCUACGACAGCAUGGUUUCGUGGAGCCUUGCGUUCGACGACGCGACCAUCAUCGUUCCGGAAGCCGACCGCGAACACGUAAUGCGCCCGCACGCGAACAUCCAAUACUGGGACGGACAGCCCCUUGAGGUAAUGCCCGGCGCAACCCUGAUCCAGUGUGGCGGUCACUUUGAAGGCAGCGCGGUGCUGCAUUGGGCAGACGGAGCGGACGGCAAGGGGGCGCUUUUCGUUGGCGAUUCCAUCACCGUCGUUCCAGACCGCCGGUUCGUCAGUUUCAUGACAAGCUACCCCAACCUCAUACCCCUGUCAGCCUCGGAGAUUGAACAACAUCGUAGCCGCUGUGGAGCCUUACGACUUCGACCGCAUAUACGGCGGGUGGUGGGGCCGCAAUGUAACGCACGGGGGCAAGGAAGCAGUCCGACGCUCGGCCUUCCGCUACAUCGAACAUAUCCAAGGGUAGGCGAAAAUCAAGGAGGCAGCGAGUCCUACUCACGCCGCCUGUAUAUUUCCAAUCCCGCGUACGACAGGAUACUGCCCCUGAUCGCCACCUCAGGCUUCUUGAUCGUAACUCUAACUGCGCUCACAUUAAGUGUCUCGAGAAUCUGCCCUGCGAUAUCCUCUGCAACGCUCUCUAUCAAGUCUUUGCUUUCGCCUUCCAUAACUGCUUUCACGAUUUCGUAG